AUGUUGCCGUAUCAAGUAGCUAUGGACUACGGAGGCUUCCAAAGACAAAAUUCAGUCGGGGUUGGCACACCUCAUCAGAGCCCAACUAGUACUCUUAACAUCAACCCUGCUUUUACUCACUCUUGGUUCGUACCGGCAGACCUCUGUGUCCCGUACAAACAGAAUCAGGGUCCUCUUCUCGAGCCAGGGCAUGUUGCUUAUCUUAUAUUUUUAUUUAUAUUAUAUAAAUUAAUUUAG